AAACAUUUGUGUCGCAGGCUUUAGAGCGUCUUACGAACGGAAUGAAGAGAUUGUGCGCGCUGAUACAAUAGUUCAGAAUAUCUGCAUAUAGAAUGAUGUCUGCAAAAGGUCAAGAUGAUUCUUGCAGCCCAUCGAAACAAAUUGUGGAUCUACAUACACCCGAAUCUAAAGAUGAGAAGAAUUCGGAAUCUCAUUUUAUGAGGCUUAAAUUUUUCGAUCAAAUUUCAUUAAAGGAGCCUUGCACUGCAGCGCUCAUGGAUGUGUUUAAUUCUUAUCUGCCGAUGCAAAAGAUACUCGUUCGGCAAGCAGUCGAUGAUGAUACCCUUGAUUUUUUCGCUCAGUCAACUGGUCCAGAAAGCGAAGAUUCACUGUUUGUUAUCGAUUUAACGCCUAUGAAGAACAAACAAAACGGUGGUCCGAUACCCAGUUAUAAGAAAGGGCUGACCAAAGUUUUUGACGGACAAACACCGGAUAUAUCAUCUAAGGGCGUUUCAAGAAUUCCAAGAGCAAGACAAAGUUGUUGGAAUUGCGAAGGAGAUCAUGGUUUAAAAGAUUGCAAGGAACCUCGCAACUACACGAGGAUUCGCCAGCAAAAGGAAAUAUUUCAAAAGAAAACUGAUCGCUACCAUGCAGAUUUGGAGCAAAAAUUAGGACACAUUGUACCCGGGCAGUUAAGUGACCAUUUACGAGAAGCUCUGGGGCUUGGAAGCAGAGAUUUGCCAUUUCACAUCUACCGUAUGAGAGUAUUAGGCUAUCCUCCUGGAUGGCUUGAAGAGGCCAAAAUUACGCAUUCUGGAUUGCAGCUUUUUGAUUCGAAUGGUGAAGUGGUGCACCACUCUGAUGAAAGUGAAGUGGAGCAGGAUAAUAGUCGAAUUAAAUUUGACGUGCGUAGAAUAGUUGCAUUUCCUGGGUUCAACGAGCCUCCUUUACCAGGCAUGGUAGAUGACUCAAAGUUUCAUAAAGUGCCCCCUUACUCCGACGAAAUGAGUCGGAAAGAGAUGGUUCAACAACUUCAAGGAACAUUAAUUCAGGGUUAUCGAAGGAAGAAAUUGAAAUUUUCAACAACAGAACUUAACUCCAAUAUUUUACGGGAACUAGCACAAGAUGACAUAGAUUCUGUUUAUGGAGAUAACAAUUCUAACGAAAAACAGGUGCUUAUAGAGCAGGAAGACGGCCAAUUAGCAGAUGACACGGAUAGUAGACAUACGACUAACGUAAACGAUAGAGUCGUACUUGUUGAGGAAUCAUGUCCAAUAUUUUGUCUAGAUUCAUCUACAGAAAUGCCUAUUAAACGAACUGUGUCACCGACCCUGGAUGCUCUCCAACAGUACAAGAAGCAUCUCAUGAACGAGUUACAUGUUGAAAGAUUGUUUGCAUCAUCAGCAGAAGGCAAUGAUCAAACUGAUAGUGAAGCAUGUGUUGAUCAAAAGCUACUGAGCGAUGAUUUUUCAACCAUUUUACCUACAUUGGAUGUUGCAGAGACUUCUGACAUCAACGAAGCAGCUAGAUCCGGAGUAUCAAAGAUAACGCUUGGGACACCCAUCUUAAAAACAUUCACUCCUUUUAAAACACUUCCUAACGGUGCAGCAUUUUCAUUAGGAGUGAGUGAUGUAAUUCAUUUUGAAAAUUUACCUCAUUCCACUGGAAAGUAUGAACAAAUGAAAUCUUUGUUGACAACAGUUCGACAUAGAAUCAUUGAUCAUCACCAUGAAACAGACGAAGAGUCGUAAAGCUCUUUCAACGAUAUAAGUAAAAAUGAUUGUUCAUUAUGAUUUCAACCCUCCAAAAUAAAAUAGUAUCAUACCAUCAUAACCAAAAUAAAAUUAAUUUAUU